AUGGCGAUAACAGACAAAGGCAGGGAUGGUAGUUCUAAUUACCAGAAUCUUGAGAUUCAGAAGCUUUUUAAGAAGUUGAACAGACCAGCAGUUAAAUCUAUAAAGAUGACACCAAGUUUUCAUCCUGAAAAAAGUAUGCUUGAGAAAAGUGAAGUGUCUGCAAAAUCACAACCAGUUGCUCAAUUAUGGCAACAGAGUGGAAGUUGCCCAGAAGAAACCAUUCCCAUAAGAAGAAUAAGAAAGGAAGACAUAUUGAGGGCGAAAUCUGUCCAACAAUUUGGAAAAAAGAAUCUCAAGAACAGCCCUCGAUGUGGAUCAUUUGAAACUCAAACCAAACACCAGGUUAUAAUAGCAUUCAAGCUGGUUGGCAGGAUCGGGGGAGAAAUUCACAUCAAGCAAACAUUUCAAGUCAUUCUGUUGUUUCGAAAUAUCGUAAAUCAGGUCAAUCCCCGGCUGUAUGGAGAUAAUAACACCAGAUUUUUUACAUUUUGGAGGGGUGGUUCAGGUGAAAAUGCCAGUGGGUGUUAUGAUCUUCUUUGCUCUGGCUUUAUUCAAGUGAAUCAUCGAGUAGUCGUGGGAGCUGCCGUAAAGCCCUUGUCUGCCUAUGGAGAUAGCAAAUCCCAACAUGCUAUCACCAUCCUUGUCUGGAAGGAUCAAAAGAAUGGAAACUGGUUGCUGCAAUAUGGGCCUAAUGAAGUUGUGGGAUACUGGCCAGCUUCUCUGUUCCCACUUCUGUCUGAGAGCGCAACAACAGUAGGAUGGGGAGGUGAAGUAUUAAACUUAGGAUCAAAUGGACAACACACUACAACACAAAUGGGAAGUGGUCAUUUUCCUCAAGAAGGUUAUGGCAAAGCUUGCUUUUUCUGGAAUAUUAAGGUUGUUAAUGGCAACAACCAAACUGUGCCUCCUAAUAAUAUUCGCACUCGUGUUGACCAACCCAACUGUUACAACGUCCAAACUGGCCAAUCUAAUGACUGGGGCAACUACUUCUCUUUUGGUGGACCUGGAAGAAACCCUAGUUGCCCAUGAUCAUUCAUCUUGAAAACUCAUUUACG